CUCUCUAUUCAGGGAUACAGUUAUUGUCGACAUGGUUGUGCUGAAGUGCAUUGUGGGCCUUGUGGCCCUGUUGGCCAUCUCAGCUUGGGCUGAGGAGGAGGCUUUGACAACUUCAGAGCGCAUUGAGAGAGCAAAUCGGGAUGUUGUCCGUUCUCCUGGUGAGCCCUACGUGGAAGAUGACAUUGCCUAUCAGUCUCGGGCCGGGAGAAAUGCUGAUCCCUGCACGUCUCGUGGCUGCAUGUGGCCUAAAUCCUCUGAUGGAAAAGUCUAUGUACCCUACACCCUUUCCAGCGCUUUCUCCUCUCGUGAGGUGUCAGUCAUUGAGCGUGGUCUGCAGUCCUUCCAUGAUUUCUCUUGCAUCCGUUUUGUCAGACGCACCAGCCAGAGAGACUACCUGAAUAUCCAGUCCCUGAAUGGGUGCUACUCCUAUAUUGGCCGUACUGGUUAUGGGCAGGACCUGUCUCUGCAGCGUUCAGGCUGUGUUUACCACGAUACUGUCCAGCAUGAGGUGCUCCACGCUUUGGGCUUCCAUCAUGAGCAGAAACGUUCCGACCGUGACCAGUACAUUCGCGUUGUGUUGGAGAAUGUCAUUUCUGGAAAGGAGCACAACUUUGACAAAGUUGCCACUCUGAACCAGGACACCACCUAUGACUAUGGCUCUGUUAUGCAUUACAGCAAGUACGCCUUCUCCAAGAACAAUGAGCCCACCAUGGUAGCUAUCCCUAACGCUAACGUUCAGUUUGGCACGGCCACUGAGAUGAGCCAGAAAGACAUCACCAGGCUCAACAGGCUGUACAAAUGCUAACAGGUGACCAGGAUGGUAUGUGGAAUACAGCUCAUGAAGAGAAUCAUCAUCAUCAUUCGGUCAACAGUAAAUGUAAAAUGCUGUGAUUUCCUUCAAUAAAAUUCAGUUUAAGCAUA